UCCUACUCUAUUCCCCCCCCUUUUCCUCUCAAAUUGAUGCAAUUGAACGGUAUGGAUGAGUGAUCGAGGGAGGCUCUAGGCUUUUGUUUGCGGAGUAGCGGCGCAUGUUUUUUUCAAUUUAAACGAACCUUUUCCUUCUUGAGCUUGUCAAAGUGGCUCAUACAUUGUGCCGAGUCAUAUUUAAUUCUUGUACCAGCAGCAAGUCUGUAAUGAGGAAAACAAGUGAUCUCUGUCUCCUGGACUUCGAUGACACAUAUCGCAGACAUUUAUUUAUAUCAGUCCUUCCUGCUCUAAUCUGUUUAGCUUUGGUGGUGAGUCUGUUCAGAAUGGUUAAACAUGCGAUGCAUCUAUGCAUUGGGAUGUUCGUAACAAUAGGGCUGCUCUUUUUGAUGGCAUUGAGGAGGGUGGCAUCAGAGCUUCAUCCUCAUACUCCUCCCAUGAGAUUGAUGAGCAAGAUAAUGAAAGAGCUUUGGAAGGGUUGGAGGAUAGAGUCAGUCUGCUGAAGAGACUGUCAGGAGAUAUAAACGAAGAGGUGGACAGCCAUAAUCUUAUGCUAGACAGAAUGGGCAAUGAUAUGGAUUCUUCCAGGGGAGUGCUGUCAGGAACCAUGGAUCGCUUUAAGAUGGUAUUUGAAACCAAAUCAAGCCGUAGAAUGCUUACACUCGUGGCGUCAUUUGUGGUCAUAUUCCUAAUUAUAUACUAUCUCACUAGGUAAUAUUGCUACGAUGGAUUUGAUACAGCUGCUGGCCUUGUGUUAGAACUGGGAACACCCCAUUUUACAUGCUCACUGUAACCAAUGUCCCUGUAUGUGAUAUACUCUCCCAGGCAUGCUUUGUGUAAAGAUUGUUCCAUUUCUUAAAACUGUGUUGAAAGCAUGGAAUGGAUGUAAAGUCCUCGCACCGCACCCCUUGUUUUUGUUUUCCGUUGCGUUAUAUCAGCCAGUUGCUUAAUCUUUUGAGGUAAAUAUCAGGCCGCAAAGUUCAUGCAAAGCUUCAUCGGACUUGUCUUGGCUUUGCUAAAAGCAGCUUUUCCACCUGAUUACUACUUUCUGGACUCCCAUACCCUGCUGUCGCCCUUUUAGCCUGGGCAUUGUUUAGGCCAACCAGAAGCUUUCGUUGAAGCCGGCAAAAUCAUGACUCACUAGCAGCAUGAAAAGCAGCUGCAUCCCUCCAAAGAGCAAUUAAAAUGUUAGUUGGAAUUGUGAGGUGUGUAAUUUGGAGCCUGGUCGUUGUCCCACGGCGUUUUUGUGGAAAUUCAUGACAAUGUCAUAAUCAACAAGAUAUGAGUGCUGGAGGUAAAAGAAACGAGAAGAUUUUGUCUUUCCUUGUGUUAUAAAACCAGGUGGACGUAUUUCAAGCAAUAACUCCCAACUACUCCGCAACGAUUACCGCCUAGUUUAUAGAGAUAUACUCAAUUGGUACUCCAGUCUUCAUCAUCAUACAUCACCAUCAUCUUACGUCUUCAGUGGUUGGAAAAUGAAAAACGACCCAUCAUUUAUUUAA